AAAAAAAGGGGUAGAGACAAAAGUUAGAGUUGAAUGAAUGAGAGAAGGGAGAGGGGAGAGGGAAGAGAGAAAGUGCUGGACGCAGACUGGCUGUUGACUUGUAUAAAGUAGAAAGACUUCUGCAGGACUUUAGCUAAAGUUGAUUGAUUUAUAUUUGUAGUAGCCUAGAUAGCCUACCACAGGAUCGGAGCAGAAGCCGUGAUCUCCACGCUGAGAGAGAUGCGGGUACUCUGCGUGAUCGCGAUGCUGUGGACAGCUACUGUGGAGUGCCAGCAGAGAGGCCUCUUCCCGGCUAUCCUGACCAACCUGGCCAGUAACGCUGACAUCAGCACCAACGCCACGUGUGGAGACCCAGAGCCGGAGAUGUACUGCAAGCUGGUGGAGCACGUCCCGGGACGACCCAUACGCAACCCACAAUGCCGCAUCUGCGACGCCAACAGCAGCAACCCCAAAGAGCAACAUCCAAUCACCAACGCCAUCGACGGAACCAACAGAUGGUGGCAGAGCCCCAGCAUAAAGAACGGACGACAGUUCCACUGGGUUACGAUCACUCUGGACCUGAGACAGAUCUUCCAGGUAGCCUAUGUGAUCAUCAAGGCAGCUAACUCGCCCCGUUCUGGUAACUGGAUUCUGGAACGUUCUCUAGACGGUGUGGAGUUCACACCCUGGCAGUACUAUGCCAUCAGCGACACAGAGUGUCUGACUCACUACAACAUCACGCCCCGCCUGGGCCCGCCCACCUACAAGAGAGACGAUGAGGUCAUCUGUACGUCCUACUACUCCCGCCUGGUACCCCUGGAGCAUGGAGAGAUCCACACCUCCCUGAUCAACGGCCGCCCCAGUGCUGAUGACCUCACCCCUAAGCUGCUGGACUUCACCUCCGCCCGCUACAUCAGGCUCCGCCUCCAGAGAAUACGCACGCUCAAUGCCGACCUCAUGACCCUCAGUCACCGGGACCCCAAGGAGCUGGACCCCAUCGUCACACGCCGGUACUACUACUCCAUCAAGGACAUCUCUGUGGGAGGGAUGUGCAUCUGCUACGGCCACGCCCAGAGCUGCCCCCUGGACCCCGUCACCAAGAAGUUACAGUGUGAGUGUGAGCAUAACACUUGUGGCGAGAGCUGCAACGAGUGUUGCCCUGGAUACCACCAGGAACCGUGGCAACCUGGAACCCGCUCUUUCGGGACCACGUGUGAGAAGUGUAACUGCCAUGGCAAGGCAGAGGACUGCUACUAUAACCAGACGGUGGCUGAGCGCGGUUGGAGCAUCAACAUGCAGGGUCGUCUGCAAGGGGGGGGCGUGUGCAUCUCCUGCACCCAGAACACCACAGGGGUCAACUGUGAGACCUGUGCUGACAGGUUCUACAGACCUCUCUCGGUGUCUCCCUACGACGAGGAGCCCUGUGAGCAGUGUGACUGUGACAUGCGAGGGUCCCAGUCUGCGGUCUGUAUCAGAGACGAGGAGCACGCCAAGCCAGACCAAGGUCUGCCGGUGGGACAGUGUGUGUGUAAGGAGGGCUUUGCCGGCCGGCGAUGUGACCGCUGUGCGUUUGGAUACAGAGAUUUCCCCCUGUGCUCUCGCUGUGAGUGCAGCCUGGACGGCAGCCUCAACACUGACCCCUGUCGCCCCUGCAUCUGCAAGGAGAACGUGAUGGGUGCCCAUUGUGACCUGUGUAAGCAGGGCUUCUUCAACCUGCAGGGCAGCAACCCUGAGGGCUGCACUGAGUGCUUUUGCUUUGGUGUGUCUGGAGUCUGUGAGAGCUCCCCCUGGUCUACCUCACAGGUGGUGGUAUCCAACGGUUGGCUCCUCCCUUCAACUCACACUUCCUCAGUCCACACUGCCCCCAUCGCUGACGAUAACAACCUCAUCGUCCCCGGCAACACCACGUCUGGUCCUGCCAACCCCUACAUCUCCACCUGGGCAGCGCCAGACUCCUUCCUGGGGAACAGACUGGCGUCCUACGGAGGCUAUUUGAACUACAGCGUCGCCUACGACAUCUCCAUUGACAACGAGGACAAGACUCUGCCAUCGCACUUUGACCUGAUUAUAGAGGGGAAUGGGAGGAGGCUGCUCCAGACCCCACCCCACCAGGUCUUCCUCACGCCCCUACGCGAGCAGCGCGUUGCCGUGGAGAUGGUUCCGGAGGCGUUUGUGGACCUGGUGUCGGGGAGGCAGAUCCAGAGGGACGAGGUGAUGACGGUUCUGGCCGACCUGGCCGGGUUCCGGAUCCGAGCCCACCUCAACGCCUCGGCACAGGGUGCCAUACGGCUCAGUUCUGUGUCUCUGGACAUGGCGGACCCCAACGCUGCAAACCCGGUUCUGGCCCGGCCCGUAGAGCAGUGUGAAUGUCCCUGGGGCUACGCAGGCACUUCCUGUGAGUACUGCGUCCCAGGGUUCUACCGUGUGGACGGGAUCCUGUUCGGAGGGAACUGCCUCCCGUGUGAGUGCAACGAACACGCCUCCCAGUGUGACAUCAGCGGCGCCUGCCAAGACUGUACCCACAAUACCACAGGGCCCCACUGCAACCAAUGCCAGGCUGGUUACUAUGGCGAUGCCACAGAGGGUACUCCCGAGGACUGCCAGAGAUGUGCCUGCCCGCUCACUCUCGACUCCAACAAUUUCAGCCCCACCUGUGUGCUGGAGGAGCCUGGGAAGGCGUCAUGUGACCAGUGUCAGCUAGGAUAUACAGGAACCAACUGCGAAAGGUGUGCUAACGGUUACCACGGCGACCCCACGGUUCCUGGCCAAGUGUGUGAGGUGUGCGAUUGUAACGGCAACGUGGACCGGCGGGAGGCGGGCCAUUGUGACAGUGUCACAGGGGCGUGUCUGAAGUGCAUUGGUCACACCAGCGGGCGCCAGUGUGAGAGCUGCCAGGACGGUUACUAUGGAGACGCCAUCACUGCCAAGAACUGCCAACCCUGUGGCUGCCAUGGAAACGGCUCGUAUUCUGGGAUGUGUGACCAGGAGACGGGGCGGUGCAGCUGUAGAGCCAACGUGGACGGGGACAAGUGUGAUCACUGUCAGGAUGGUUUCCAUGGCCUGCUUAGUGGCCAAGGCUGUGUGGCCUGUAACUGCAGCCAAUCAGCCUCUCUCUCCCAGUCAUGUGAUGAGGAGGGACGCUGCCAGUGCAUCGGGGGCGUGGCCGGGGACAAGUGUGAGCACUGUCACCACGGUUACUACAACUACCAAGACAACGGCUGCACCAAGUGUGACUGUGCCCACACCCAUGGCAGCUGUCACCGGGACACGGGGGAGUGUAUCUGCCCCCCCCACACCGAGGGGGAGAAGUGUGAGAUGUGUGAGGAGGGGUACUGGGGUCACGACCCCGUGUCAGGAUGCAAGUCAUGUGACUGCAGCGAGGCCGGUAGCUCCUCCUUCCAGUGUGACCUCACCGGCGGUCACUGCCUGUGCAGGGCGGAGUUCUCUGGCAGGAGGUGUGACCGCUGUGCCAAGGGCCACCGGGACUACCCACAAUGCAAGGCGUGUAACUGCAACGUCAACGGCACCCAGGAGGAGUUCUGUGAUGCUGAGCUGGGAGUGUGUGACUGUCAGGAGACCGGGGCCUGCCUCUGCAAGGUCAACGUGGGCGGAGCAGGUUGUGACGAAUGUGUUACGGGUACGUUUGGUUUGUCAGGGGACAACCCUGCGGGGUGCAGCCCCUGCUACUGCUCCGGGGUCUCCCCUGUCUGCGAGGAGCUGGGAGGGAUGGUCAGGACGCCGAUUACUCUGGGUGAGGAUCCAGAGCUGUUGAGGCUGGUGAGUCAGUCUCAGCUGCAGGGUGCAGUGGAGGGGGUCUACCAGCAGGGGGCAGACAUGCUGCUGGACACCAGGGAGAUACACACACACACGCUGACUGGACCUUACUACUGGAGGCUGCCCUCACAAUACCAAGGAAACAAGCUGCUGUCGUAUGGCGGGAGGCUGUCGUACUCCGUGGCGUUCUACGCCGAGGAUGGGACAGGACUAGCCAAUCACGAGCCACAGGUUCUAAUAAGGGGAGGACACCUGAGGAAGUUGGUCAUCUACACCGAUCUGGUCGCCCCCGACAACGGGGUCAGAACGCGCCAAGAUGUCCCACUCACUGAGCACCAGUGGAAGUAUUUUAACUCGGUCUCAGAGAAGGCUGUGAGCCAUGUUGACUUCCUGUCUGUGCUCAGCAAAGUAGAGUACGUUAUCAUCAAGGCUUCCUAUGGCACAGGGAUGCAGCAGAGCAGGAUUGCCAACAUCACCAUGGAAACGGCAUUGGAUGUGGAGGACAGUUCUGAAGAAGGGGAUGUGGCCAGUCUGAUAGAGAGCUGUGAAUGUCCUGCUGGCUACGCUGGACUGUCCUGCCAGGAGUGUGCUCCAGGGUACUACCGCCAGCCCGUGUCAGAGCUGGACCUGACAGUCUCCAGGAGGCCCCUCAUGCAGCCCUGUGUGCCCUGUCGCUGUAGCAACCACAGCCUGGCCUGCGACACAGACACUGGGGAAUGCCUGGGCUGCCAGCACCACACUGCCGGGGGGCACUGUAACGUGUGUGCCCCAGGGUACUAUGGCCAGGUGAAGGGUUCAGUCAGUGACUGCUCCCUUUGUGCCUGCCCCCUGAAGGAGAACAGUUUCAGUCCAACGUGUGCUCUGGAUGGCCUGCUAGGAGACUUCCUUUGUGAGGCCUGUCAGCCUGGCUAUGAGGGACGCUACUGCGAGAGGUGUUCGGUGGGUUACUAUGGUAACCCCUCGCUGGCGGGGGGGCGUUGUCAGCCCUGUCAGUGCAGCGAGUCGGGGUCGCUCCACGCCGCGUGCGACGCCCUGACUGGCCAGUGUGAGUGCAGGCCAGGGGUCAGAGGUCAUCUGUGUGAUCAGUGUCAGGAGAGACACGUCCUGGAAGGAGACGUGUGUGUCUCAUGUGCUGAUCAGUGUACGGGUGUGCUGCUGGACGACCUGGAGGAAGUGGAGCGCUCCUUCCUGUCUAUCAACCUAACCGGGGUCAUCCUGGCGCCCUACAUGGUCCUGGUCUCCCUUGAGAACGACACCAGAGACGUCCUGUCUCUGCUGUCCUGGGAGAAGAGUCCAGCCUAUCAUCUGGACCAAGCUGAGGCACAGCUUGGCGACCUGAACAGGACCAUGAACUCCCUCCUACAGCAGGCCACUCGUCUGUCAGCUGAUGUUGAGGAAGUGGACCGGUCCACCUUCAGUCGCCUUACCCAGGGUACACUACUCCUGGAGAACAUCGACAACAUUCACACCAGCAUUCAGGCCCUGGCAAAGGAGGCGGGGCAUCUGAAUAGAACAGAGGAGGCGAAGCUUGACGAGGCCAAUCGCAGGCGUCUUCUGGGAGAGGCGGCGGUCAUGUUGGAAAGCAUCAGGAAGGUGGACCUCACUCCCAGCAGCACCCUUGUUGCUAAGGAACAAAGGGAUGCUGAGGCUCUGCUCCAGGUGGUGCAGCAGGACCUCCAGGACCAGCAGGGGGCGCUGGAGAACCGGAGCCAGGCCGUGGCCUCCUCCCUGUCCCUCCACUCAGAGCAGCUAGAGGGCGCCAGCGCUCUCCUCAGCAGCGCCAGCCAGCAGAUCAACCUCACACACACUCUUCUAGAGCGCAUACCCACCCUGCAGGCCCUCUGCCAGGACCUCCAGCAGAACGUGAGCAGACAGAACCAGACGUUGGAGCAGCAGCUGGAACAGAUGCAGGAGAUCCUGGCCGAGGCCGUCGACCUGGUCCAGGACACCACCAACAUCACCUAUCAGCUGGAGGUGUCGAGGGAGCAGGUGGAGCAGUGCCGGCCCAUGCUGAGGAAGCAUGUGGACAGCCUGGUGAUGGACCUAAGGAGCAGAGAUGCUCUUGAGCUGGUCUACCGGGCAGAAGACCACGCCCAAGACCUCAGCAAGCAGGCUGCUGAGCUGCACAGGUUGCUGGCGGAGGUGCGUAACUCCUCCCUGAACGCCACCAGUGCCGCCCAGGCCAACAGCAACAUCAGAACAGACGUCCAGGCGGCGCAGGACCAGGCCCUGAGCGCUCACGCCGCCAGUGACCAGGCCCUCAACAUGACGAUCCAAUCACAGCCAUUACUGACUGAGCAGGGGGCGGAGACAGUCCAGCGCAGCAUCGCCGUCCUGGAGGAAAGUCUGGCUCUGAACCACACUGCUGAAGGUCUUGUGGUCAACAUGACCGCCGCCUCAUCCAGACUGGCCGUGGUGAAAGAGAGCGUUCGUAACGCCUCUCGGCUCCUCCCUGACCACUCCGCCCUGCUCGUCGGCCUGGCCAACGGGACCAGCGAGGUGGUGCAGGGGGCCAAGCAGCAGAUCGCGGUGGCCGGGGCCAGCCUGCAGAGGGCGCUGGAGAGGCUGGAGCUGCUGAGGGAGAGGCUGGAGGAGUCUGGGGCGGCCGUGGCCCGGGCCAACACCUCCGUCACAGCCACCAACACUCUGGUGUCUGACUCACACAGCACAGCGAGCGCUGCCGAGCAGAAGCUCCAGGAGGCGGAGUCUCGGACAGAGAGGCUCAUGGAGCGGCUCAAGCCGCUAAGGAUGCUGGGAGAAAACCUGGGACGCAACCUGUCGGACAUCAGAGAGAUGAUCAACCAGGCUCGCAAGCAGGCGGCUUCUAUCAAGGUGGCCGUGCAGGCAAACAGGGACUGUGUGAGAGCGUACAGACCAGAGGUCUCCUCCAGCAACUACAACAGUCUGACCCUCACGCUGAAGACAACACAGCCUGACAACCUGCUCUUCUACAUGGGCUCCCCCGCCACUGUGGAUUACCUGGCUUUAGAGAUGCAUGCUGGGAAGGUGGCAUUGCUGUGGAACACGGGGUCAGGCCACACCCGUCUGGAACACCCUGACAUCACCAUCAACGACAACAGCUGGCAUUGCAUCAACGUCACACGGUUUGGUCGUCAUGGCAGCCUGACAGUGCACCGGCUGGAGACUGAGCCGUUACGGGUGGUGAAGGGCUCGUCACCGGGAGACGCUACUGUCAUGGAUGUCAACAACUCCACCCUCAUCUACGUGGGAGGGCUGGGGGAGAGGAUCAUGACUCCUCCAGAGCUGAAGCAGAGGUUCUUCCGGGGUUGCCUAGGCGACGCUGUCCUCAACGAGAGGAACAUCGGCCUGUGGAACUAUGCUGAGAGAGAGGGAGCCUGCAAGGGCUGCUUCAUGAGCCCCCAGUCAGAGGAGACAUCGUUCCACUUUGACGGCAGUGGGUACUCAGUGCUGGAGAAGCCUCUUCGCCCCACCGCCACCUUCAUCGUCCUGCUCUUCAAGACCCUCUCUCCCAACGGCCUGCUGCUCUACCUGGCCUCCAACGGCACUAGGGACUUCCUGUCCAUCGAGCUUGUGGAGGGCAGGGUACGUCUGACCUUUGAACUAGGGUCAGGUCCUCUGCCUCUGACUUCUACGAGAGCCUACAACACUGGAGUCUGGUACAAGAUCACCCUGCAGAGGAACAAGCGCAAAGGUUACCUGUCAGUCAUGGCUGCUGACAACUCGUCAGAGAAGGAGAUCCUGGAGGGUGAGUCUCCAGGCUCCGCCUCCGACCUCAACCGUUCCGACCGUGACCCAAUCUACAUCGGGGGCCUGCCCAUGUCUCGACCAAUCAGGAGACAGGUGGUGGCCCGCUCAUAUGUGGGCUGUAUCAAGAACAUGGAGAUCGCCCGCUCCAACUUCGACCUGCUCCGAGACUCGUACGGCGUGAAGAAAGGCUGUGUGCUGGAGCCUAUCCGUAGUGUGUCGGUGCUGAGAGAGGGCUUUGUGGAGCUGGGUCCUGUCGCCCUCGGCCAGCAGGGGGAGCUGUUUCUGACCUUCUCCACCAGGAACGACACUGGCGUUAUCCUGGCCGGCUUCAGCCGGGCGGCCACACGCCAGCGCAGACAGACACGCCAGCCCUUCCUAGCAGUGCAGCUGGUUUCGGGGAAGUUGGAGGUGCAGGUGUGCAUCGUGGAGGGGGGCAGCGUCCACAAGACGGUGGUCAAACCUCGGACCGGAACAUUCUCCGACGGGCUAGAACACUCUCUCAUCCUUCACAGGAACCGGAAGACUCUGACAGUGCGGGUGGAUGAGGACCAUCAGGAGUCGAUGCGUCUGUCUCAGUCGUCUGAGCGGGCCGUUCUGUCUCUGACGGCCGUGUUCCUGGGAGGCCUCCCCCCGGCCGAGGGAGACGCCGCCCUCAGAACCACCGCCUCCUUCCACGGCUGCCUCAGGAACCUCGCCCUCAACGCCGUGCUAGUGGACCUAUCCAGGGCGGCCCGGUACCAGGGGGUGGACCUGGACAGCUGUCUGCUGGAGGAGAGGGCUGGCAGGAUCCUCAUACCUGACGACCCAGAGCCGGAACCCACCCCCGACCCCGCCCCCGCCCUCCCCCCACCCCCACCCCCCACAGGGCUCAGCACGCUCACACCAGGGUCCCUCGCGUGCGCGUCGGAGGAGGAGGAGCCUGGCGUGAUGGGCGACGCCCACCACUUUGGUGUCUCCAGACACAGUCACAUGGUUGUGAGCAUCCAUCCCAACCAUGUCAGGAAGAGUUUCUCUCUGAAGCUCUCAGUGCGUACCUCUGUCCAGAGUGGUCUGCUCUACUACAUGGCUCAUGCCAACCAGAUGGACUACGCCACUCUGCAGCUGCAGGGGGGACACCUGGUCUUCACCUGCGACCUGGGCAAGGGCCCUGCCUCCGCCUCCCUCCCCUUGCUCGUCAACGAUGGACACUGGCACACGGUGAAGACGGACUUUAACAAGAAGACUGCGGUGCUGAGUGUGGACGGGCAGUCUUCAGCAGCGGUCCAGAUCAGAGGGAACACUCUGGAUGUAGAGAGCCAGCUGUAUCUGGGAGGGCUCCCACACACCUACACCGCCAAGAAGAUAGGAAACGUGACCCACAGUCUGGUGGGGUGUAUUCAGUCAGUGAUGCUGAACGGUGUGAAGCUCAAUACCCAGAAUCCCCUGGCCCACCAUGGCUCCGCCCCCUGCUUCACACACGCCCAGAAGGGCUCCUUCUUCAAUGGGUCGGGCCACGCCGCCCUCAUGCGUGACGGUUACAAGGUGGGCUCAGACGUGUCGGUGUCGCUGCAGUUCCGUACCUGGGCACCAGAGGGCGUGCUGCUGGGGGUGAGCAGCGCCAAGGUGGACGCCAUCGGCCUGGAGAUCACCAACGGACAGGUGGUGUUCCACGUGAACAACGGAGCGGGUCGCGUAUCGGUGGCGUCGGUGCGCGGCUCCCGGCUGUGUGACGGCCUGUGGCACACCAUGCUGGCCAGGAAGACCAAGAACAACCUGAGACUGACCCUGGAUGGGGUCACGACCCUGACGCAGAACCCCCACCCUCAGUCCACCUCCGCCGAGACCAACGACCCCGUUUACGUGGGGGGCUUCCCUGUUGGCGUAAAGCAGAACUGUCUGACCACCAGGAGCUCAUUCCGAGGAUGCAUGCGGAACAUUCAUCUCAUCAAGGGUCAUGUGACCGACGAGCUGGACCUCAGUACCGCCUUCUCUCUGAUGGGGGUCACCCCACACUCCUGUCCUGCUAGUGCUGCCUAACAACCAUACCAUGAUAUCAACAUGACAUCACAAUACGAGCACUGUUAUCAUGGCAACCACAACCUUGCUGCAAAGUUACCCAGUUACUGUACAUCUAAACAUGAACUCUGGUUGUUUUCACAAUACCUCAGGAUCACAGAACUUGAAUCCCAACAUUAGAUAUUUUACCUACGAUAUGAAAUAUGAAACAAUGUUGUUUUAACUACCAUGUAUGUUUUAGUUUGUGAAAAUCAAGUCAUUUUUAAAAAGUGAUUAAGACAGUGAUUCUGUAUUUUUGUAAUUUCUUCUGACUUCCCCAUAUUGGACCCCAGCAAAUGUAAUGUUUGAAUUUGAUGUCACAGAGAAUUCUUAUUUGCUAAUAAAAUUCACAA